AUGCUUUCAGAGGAAAAUAUGAGUUAUAAUCCAUGUAAUCAGUUUUCUCAAAAUGUUCCAGAAACUCAAUUCCAAUCUUCCCAACCCGAGUAUUUCCAGUUCCGUGAUUCUCAGAAUGUAGAAUCUGAGAGUUCUAGUGACGAUCUGGUUCCCGAAAGAAAUGAAGAAGAAACUACCGAGGAGUUGCGACCUGUUCUUGAGAAAAAAUGCACCUUUACAAACCGCCAGAAGUCAAAGAAAGGAGUGGAACACGAAGAGUUGGCUUUGGCUAAGGAUAUGUCGAUUGUUCUCAAGAUAAACAGCAUGGAAACUAACGAUGGUUCGAUGCAUUUUGGGAUUGGGUUCUAG